UACUUGAACAACAUAUACAUACAGAAAAACAAAAGGUACUAAAUCCAAUUAAGCUUAGCUUGCACUUGUCAUCAUAUUAAUCUACUUGUUCAAUUUAUAUUCAUUUGUAAAGUAAAGACAUGGGAAAUUGUAUCGUGCCAGCAUCGUCAAUGGAGUGGGGCGGUGAUGACUGGGGUUCUCUGAGAUCUGAUGAGAAUACGAGGUCAUCAUCAUCAAGCAACAAGGUGAUUGAUGAAACUCAUGUGUUGAGUUUCGAGAACGUGCCCAAGGAGAAGCUUCUGGGAGCGCUUAGAGGUUCUUGUGAUGCAAAUGGGAAGGUGAAGAUUAAGAUUUCAAAGAAAGAGGUAGCAGAAUUGUUGGGAGUGAUAGAGAAGCAUCAAAUGAAUAACAAGAAGAAGCAAGUAGUAGGAGGAGCUUCUGCAGAACAAGUUCUGCUUCGCUUAAUAAAUGCAAACCACCAUCAUCAUGAUCAUGAUGCUCCCUGGAGGCCGGUGCUGGAGACUGUACCUGAGGAUUAAUGAUGAGCUCAACAUGUAAUUAAUUGGGCUAGCUGGAGCUUAUUAACUCGUGCACAUAGGGAUUUUUUUUUUUUUUAGAUUUGCACAUAUAGGGAUUGAUCAUGUACAUUGAAAUAUUGUAAAUGAUACUACAAAGUGCGGGUAGCGUUUGAUGUUCAAAAAUGAUUCAUGACCAUAUCAAUAGUGUUGACAUAUAAAAACACCACUGUUCCUGCGGAUUUACCUUCAGAAUUACCUGCAGGUUUUGCUUAAAAAUAU